CGAAACUUGGAUGCCAGCCAUCAAUUGAAUGUAACCCCGCACCAUCAUCGCUCGCGAUCACAGCUUUGGUUACCCUUCCACCUUCCAUUCAAUCGCCUUGUCUCCGCUCUUGCGCUAUCGUGACGCAAUGUCGGACACGUUCAGGAUCCUGACCGGAAGCGGUUCGAGCGGCAUUUCCUUCGACCGCAAACGCUUCUCAGAGGAUGUGGGCAUCUUCAAUCCUCGAGCAGCUUCGGCUUCCUCUCAGCCCGCCAGCGCUGCUGGAUCGAGCUCAUCCGAGAAAGCAGCAACAGGUGCAAGCGUGCAGCUACCUUCAUCGCUCGAUUUCUUUGGGAGUGCUAGACGUGGAAAGGGGGCAGAUGGGGAGGAUUUGCGAGGUCAGAAAAAGAGGCGAAGAUUGCAGGGUGCUGGUGAUGAGGCGCGAAAGAGCGAGGAAGAUGAGGAUAGCCAUACGACGGAAUCCGAGCCUUUGACGCGCUCCACCGCAGGUGCAUUCCUCAAGGAGAAGCGAUUGAAGCUGACAGGGACAGAUGCGCCACUCCCACUGACCGCCUGGUCCGAGAUCAAGUCACGUUGGAACGGUCCCUCCUGGCUUUCUGCUGCUCCUUCCACGUGCGGGUUCGCCACGCCCACACCGAUUCAGUGCGCCGCCACUUCCAUCUUGCUGGAUGACAGGGACAUCUUGGCGGGCGCACCCACAGGCUCGGGAAAAACCCUGGCUUACCUCAUUCCGAUUUUGUUUCAUUUACGAGAGCAUAAAAAGGAAGGCUUCCGAGCUCUCAUUGUUGCGCCUUCUAGAGAGCUGGCUGUACAAAUAGAUGGUCAGCUUGCAAAACUCGCCGGCAGGAACGAAAUCAGGACCUGCGUUCUUACUAAGGCCAACCAGGCCAAUCUGAAGGACAAGGAAGCGGCGAAAAAAUUUGACGUACUAAUCACUACCCCUUUGCGCUUGGUGCACGGAUUAGACGCUGGGGAGAUUGAUCUGACAAACGUACGACACUUGGUCCUGGAUGAGGCUGAUCGACUCCUCGAAGACGGCUUCUUGGAGCAGACCGACACCAUCUUGGCAGCCUGCUCGCAUCCAUCGCUGCGCAAAGCACUCUUCUCGGCCACGCUUCCUUCAGGAGUGGAAGAGAUGGCCAAGUCCUUUCAAUUGGACGCUAUCCGCGUCAUAGCAGGCGUCAAGGACGCAGCAACUGAAAGCAUCUCUCAGCAGCUGACCUAUGUCGGAUCGGAAGAGGGCAAAUUGCACGCCGUGAGGAGCAUGAUACACGAGGGAAAGCUCAAGCCUCCCGUCUUGCUCUUUGUUCAAUCCAUCGAACGGGCUCGCCAGCUGUUCGAGGAGCUGAUAUACGACGGGCUGCAUGUCGACGUCAUCCAUGGGGAGAGACCGAAAGCUCAGCGAGACUCGGUCAUAGACGCUUUCAAGAGGGGGGACGUUUGGGUCCUGAUAUGCACAGAGCUCCUAGCCAGAGGCAUUGAUUUCAAGGGCGUCAGACUGGUCAUCAAUUACGACUUCCCUCAAAGCGUGCAGAGCUACGUGCACCGGAUCGGCAGGACCGGUAGAGCUGGCCGCACGGGCGAAGCGGUCACCUUCUUCACCAAGGAAGACGGACCGUAUCUGCGCUCAGUGGCCAACAUCAUGAAAGCUUCCGGAUGUGAAGUGCCAGAGUGGAUGUUGAAGCUCAAGAAGCCUUCUCAAAACCAGCGCAAGCAGAUCAACAAGCGACCUGUGGAUAGACAAGCAGUCAAGAGCGCCGCUGGAAGCUCUCAAGGUCGAAGGAUAGCCAACAAACGAUCUCAGAUGAUAGAAGCUAGCAAAGCGCGGCAGCAACAGCACGAUGCGGGCUCGGAGGAGGUGGAAUAAAAGGCAAGGUUUUCUUCCAUUAGACACAAUGCAUCAUCGGUUUCUGCACAUCG